AUGAAAAGUGAUAAAGAAAUAUUAUUUACACUCAGAAAAUUCAAAGAAGCAAAAAUUGAAUUAAAAAAAUAUUUAAAUUGGAUAGAACAAAUUAAAGUAACAAUCUAAAAUCUAUAUAUAGUUAGAAAUUGCUUUGGCAGCAUAAUCAGAAAGACGAACAAAUUAUAAUUAUAGAAUACAGGGUUUUGAUACUAAUAAACUCAAACAGGGUAAUUAUCCUACAAAUGAAUCUUUGACAGAAGAAGUUCAAGUUAAAUGCAAUUAAAUGACAUUUUAAUCAUAAAAAUAAGAAUUGAAUCAAGAAAAUGUUAGAGAAUUUAUUGAUAAGUAUGAAAAAAUGCUGGUUUAAUAAGAACAGCAAUAGCAAAUUAAUCAAAAUUCGGGUUAAACAUUAUUAAUAAAUAGAGAUUCCAAACAAUUUGGAAAUAGUACUAUAGAAGAAAUGUUUAAACUAUCUUAAUCUUAAUAAGAAUCAUUAUAAUAGAAUUAAUUAAGUUAUGAUACUUCUAAUUUUGGGAAUGAUUAAAUUGGGAAGAAGAGAUAGGAUGAUAAUCUAUUUAAUAAUUUAUAAAAUUAUUCAAAAGAGUAUGAAUAAGAAUAGAGUUUAGAAUCAUCUAAAUGUUUUAAAGAUUAUAUGAUGAUAUAAGAGAAAGUAGUAAUGAAUUAAAAUCAAAAUAAACAACAAUAGAAAAAAUCUUUUGAAUAGUUUUAUUAAGAACAUGUAGAAGAGGAAAUAAAUACUAUAUAAAAUGAAAUAGAAGAAAUGUAAAAGUAAUAAUUAUAAAUUAACAAUAGAUUUCUUUAGCGAGUAUAAACUGCAAAAGAUAAACUAACAAAUAGUUUUAAAGAUUUUCAAUAAAUUCCUGUUAUUAAUAGAUAAAGUAGUGAGAACUCUGUCUAAAAAGUAACAGAAGAUCUCAAACUAAUUGAUAUUAUAAAAUAAAAUAUGAUUAAACAAAUGGAAAAUAACGUAGAUUAAGAUAAACUAAAAAAACUGAGAAACAUGAAGCAUUAAAUUUAAUUAUACUUUAAUAAUGUAGAAGAUGAAUUACUAAAAAUUAAUGAAGAAACCUCUAUUGUUUAAUGA